AUGCUUGAUAUUCAAACUUAUGUUUUUUUUGUUACCUCCUUUUACUUGUAUAGUCAAAUGAAUCACAAUAAAACCCUUUCUUGCUUAAUUAAUGAAGAAACUAAAGAUGAAUCUCCAAGCUUUCAUCAUUUUACAACCCAACUCCAUGAAAACCUUCCCCUAAAUUCUCAUCCAACCCACUUGGAUCCUCAAGCCUCACCAGUGCUACCUCAAAGCCCUGAAUCAUUAUGGUCUUAUUCCCCUCUACAAACCCCUUCCCAGCCUUCUCUUCUUUUCUGUUGCAUUUCCUCCUUACACCGCAAUGGAAAUAUUCAUUCCAUCGCGGUAUCAGAAGACCUUGUCUUCACUGGCUCGAACAGUCGUCGAGUCCAUGCAUGGCAAUCGCUGUCUAGCAACUGCCAUGCAAAAGGUUACAUACACGCAAACUCAGGCGAUGUUCGAGCCAUGGUGACCUAUUCUAAUUGGCUUUUCACCUCACACAAAGAUCACAAAAUUAGGGUUUGGAACAUUAGGUCUAAUAAUGGUAGUUUUAGGCCUAGAAAGGUCACUACCUUACCAUAUAAUCACCAUCUAAAAUCCCUCAUCUCUAAACAAACUACCCAACAACAUGAAGAAAUUAUAUCUUGUAUGGCUUAUUACCAUAUUGAAGGGAUAUUAUAUAGUGGAUCUUUUGAUAGAACCAUUAAAGCUUGGAGCAUAAAUGACAAGAAGUGUGUAGACACAUUUAUAGCUCAUGGAGGAAAUGUUAAUGACAUGGUAAUUAACCAACUAAAUGGCUACCUUUUUACUUGCUCUUCAGAUGGGACAAUAAAAAUAUGGUUAAGGGUUUAUGGGGAAACCUCUCAUACCCUUUUCAAGGUUCUUUGUUUUCUUGGAAACCCAAUUUAUGCUUUAGCUAUAAGCAUGUCUCAAUUACAAGAAAGUUUCUUGUAUUCAGGAUCUUCAGAUGGAUCUAUUAACUUUUGGGAGCAACAACUUUCUUAUAGAUACAGUCACGGAGGCGUUCUACAAGGGCACCAAUUUGGAGUCCUUUGCCUUGUAGUCCUUGAGAAUUUAGUCAUUAGUGGAUCUGAGGACUCAACAAUAAGGAUAUGGAAGAGACAAAAAAGAAGUUCAAACCAUGAUUGCCUUGCUGUUUUGGAAGGGCAUAGAGGGCCUAUUACAUGCUUGGCUGCUAGGGUGCAGCUUGAGGAUUUAAGUGCUAUGAGUUUUUUGGUCUAUAGUGGGAGCUUGGAUCAAACUUUUAAGGUAUGGAGAGUUAAAUUGUUGCAAGAAAUGAGGAAAUCACCUUUAAGAGAUGAAGAUAUGGAGGGUAAUGAAUCCAUCAAUGUGAUCCAGAAGAGUCCUGUAUUGUCUCCUCCAUGGGUGAAGAUGAAGAAGCAACUGCAUAGUUGUAGUGUCCAUAAGGACUAUAAGAUUGUCUGAUUCAGAGGUGGGACAAAAAUUGACAACUUCUUUGAAGAUUUCGUGCAAUUUUAAAAAGUAAGAUAUUUUGUUAACAACGUUGCAUCAUUAAACACUUAACAUAUGCUACGUAGUUUUAUAUUGAACGGUCAAAUGUGUUGAACAUGAUCAAAACCUCCCCAUAUGUCUAAUAUUAAGUUUAUG